AUGGCCAAGUCGGCAGAUAUGCUUCCUACCUUCACUCGGAUUGCGCCAUCAAUAUACGAGCACAUACCCUCGAUUAGGUACAGCAACUCCUACACAACACUGGAAGGAACAGAUGCUCCUUCACUCAUCAUCCUUUGUACCUGGACUGGAGCUCAAUGUCGCUACAUCGCCAAGUAUACCGAGCAAUACCAACGCCUCUUCCCAUCCACAAGCAUCAUGGUCAUCGCCACGACAGCCAAAGACCUCUGUCUCCGUAACUCUAAGCGGAAACAAGAUCGUCUAAGACUUGCGAUCGAUCGAAUUUCAAGCGUCGAUUCCUGUAGCGCUAGCAGUAGCCCAACAAGCAUAUUGUUGCACGUCUUCUCUGAAGGCGGCAGUAACAAAGCAUGCGAGCUUGCUGAAGCAUACUUCAACACCACUAGUAGAAAGUUACCCGUCUCUGCACUGUGCUUCGACAGCACACCAGGCCAUCCUCGGUUUCGACGCCUCUGCGACGCUUUAGGCAAAUCACUCCCGCCGAUCCCGGUCCUUAAGCACGCCAGUUUGUUAGUUGGGAGCGCUAUACUUGGAGCUGUUUGGGUCACGUACAACGUGUUCAUUGGGUUUGAGAAUAAUGUCAUCACACAGUCUCGACAGCGACUACUCGACCCAACACACUUUGAUCUCUCAGCUCCACGGUGCUACAUGUACUCCCAAGAAGAUGCGCUUAUUGCGUGGCAAGAUAUCAAAGAACAUGCUGGAGAGUCGAUGGAUUAUAACGUACCGGUCAACGAAGUUCUCUUCGAGGGAAGCGGUCAUGUGGGACAUGCUAGACAAGAGCCACAGCGAUAUUGGAACUCGGUCAUGGCGACUUGGCAAACUGCCCGCUUACGAAAGCUGCGCUGGCCGUGGUCUUUAUACCUGACAGACGCUUCAUCUGUUCUGCGUUUGGCUUCCCAUCAAGCAACUAAGAUGCAGAAGCUCGAACGCAGAGCCUACAGUCUAGCUGCAACACCUGAGCCUGCCGCAGAGCCACCGGGAGUUCGUAUCAUAUCAUGUGUGUUUGCGAUCAUUGGUCUUUGA